AUAUAAAGGACAGUGAACAGUAGCUGCCAGCAACAGAAUCCCAAGUUGGUCUACAAGUUUAAAUAAGUCUACUCAUCUUAUUUUUUUGUUGCGCAAGAAGAUCCAAUACUCACUCAAGGGACCAUGGUUAUGUUGAAGAUAUCUGCUUUCCUUGUUGCCUAUGCCCUGGUCAUAUGCCAGAUGUACAGCUCAAACGCUGCUCCCGCCAGACCCGGUUUAGAGACAACAGACCACAUCACACUUACCGACUACGAAGCUAGGAGGUUACUGAACGCCAUAGUGAAAGAGUUUGUGCAAAUGACAGUGGAGGAGAUGGAGCAGCAGGCCGUCGAUGGAAAUAGCCUGGAUAGACCCUUGUCCAAGCGCUGCUCCAAUCUGAGUACGUGUGUGCUGGGCAAACUGUCGCAGGAGUUGCACAAAUUGCAAACUUACCCGCGCACCGACGUCGGCGCGGGCACGCCCGGCAAGAAGCGGAGCCUCGCGGAGACCGAUCGCUAUGCAAGCUACGCGGAAUCUUUUGACACCGUCUAAAGCAGCCUAUCCCCACCUUCCCCAUCGUUUCGUUUUUUUUUUCCCUCAGAAAAAUCCUCGAUGCAUGUGGAUCCUGCCUGCUUGACUGACUUCAGAGAAAACCGCGAUUGAAUAUCUCUAUUUUUCUGUUUAGUUUUUUCCUCAUUUUUUCCCUUUUUUGUUUUCGGCAGAGAAUGAUAGCUGGAUCACCAGACACUCCAAAUUAUCAUUUGCACGUAUUUAUGAACAUCAGAAAUGAAGAAUUUGCAUAUACCGAUUCUUUGGUGCAUGGUACGCACCCUCCUUUAAAUAUUGACAACAAAGUAAUAAAAGUAUAUGAUUAAUAACAAUAAUGAUAAUAUUAAUAAUAAUAAUAAUAACAAUAAUAAAUGCUUCUCUCAUGCGUGACCAUGUUUCUUGUUGAAUAAACUUAUUUUUCUACCAGGAA